GAAACUUCAUUUUGUAAGUUAACAUUCUAUGUGAUAAUUACAUUACUAACAACCAGUAAUUAAUGGUGUUAGAAUAUAAUUUGAUGACAUUUACCUACAACCGGCUUCUGAUAUUCAUGGAUCAUGAAGGUUUGUUCUAGAACUUUCCACCAUGACUAUCCGCUCCAGCAGCAGCUUUGAGUCAUGGAAGGUGUAUCCCAGGGUACACUACUUCCGGAAACGAUUCUUGGACUUGUAUCCUCGAUUCAAACGAGUGAUUGGUUCUCUUCGAUUCAACAUCAAUUUUGAUCUGAUGUGGAGAAUUGAUAAUGCUUUCAACUGGUUUCAAAAUGAUUUGGAAAUCGUCUUCGUUGGAAAUGCUGUCCUACCGAAAGAAAACGCCUUCGUUGACAUCAAUCCAGAGCCAAAGGCCUCUCACAGUGCAUCGGGGUCACAUGAAGGCGUUGGCAAUAUUGACCUUACGCAAGAAAAGGCCUUUGUCCACAUCAGUGCAGAGCAACAGACCUCUCACCAUACAACGGGGUCGCGCGUAUUUCUGUGUUAUGUACAACAGACCAAUGAGCAGUUCAUCCAGACUUUGGAUAAUGUUUUGGACUAUCUGUGCGCCAACAUUUCUGCCAGAGAGCCGCUGUUUUGGAUUGUGGACCUUGCAAAUAGCCCCACACCACAGGAACAAGCAUUUAUUAACAAUUACAUCAGCACUAAGGCAGAGAUGAUGAGUAGGGUAUUAUUUGGCUCAGGACAACUCGAGGUUGCUACAACUAUAUCGGAUUACAUAGAAGAGAAUUUGGCGGAUAUUUUCGGCCUCAUCAGUGAAUGUCUAUUGUCAGUUGGCAUGACAUCCACAUUUCGAAAGCGAGGAGGGAUUGUCAUUGACAACAGUAAUUACAAAGGGCGAUUUAACACUGACAUGAGAGCAUACAUGCGCGAAUAUGACAGUGAACACGAUCUUGAUAAAACGCAAUUAAGCAGAAUGUUUAAAUGCAAUUUCUUAAUUGAUUAUUUUGUUAGAAAGUACUCAAUCCCAGCAGGUACGGUCAAUUUGAUUCUCGAAGAAAAUGACUACGAGAAACGAUUCACCAACCGUAUUGCUUCCGCAAUGCAAACAGAGAUAAAAAACAUGGGAUGGGAUCUAAAUAAACACAAGAAAAAUUACACUUUGGGGUGGAUACUAAAUGCAAUUUCUGACGUUAUUAAACUUUUAGAGGAGGCAUGUGAACAAACUAGGGAAACGCUAUCAGUUAUGAAGAAGAUGUUAUUUGAAGUCAACAAUUACCUGCAUCAAUCCCCUUUUGGAAAUUAUACGAAUCUGAAAGACAAAUCCCCUGUUGUGUCACAAACUUUGAGGAAGAAACUUUUGGGGAUUCCCGGUGUUUACUGCAUUGGAACAGUUUUCGGCGAAUUCACGAUUUAUUUAAAGCCAGAAUGCGGCGAAGAAGUUAUGGUUGAUUACGAGGAUGGGCGCAAAGUACAACCACAUUAUAACGUACAUGCGAUGGACGUAGACAGUUUGGAAAUUGACUUCAAGAAUUGUCGCAAAGAUAUUCGAAAACUAAUGAAGGACAAUUCAUUCCAUUAUCCAUAUACAAUUGAGGUUGUGAGAAUUAAAUUGACGGCGCAAUUUGAGGUUGAAGAUGGCAAGACGAUCAGUUCUCCGUGGCCUGAUCAGACGCCUAGCGAAUAUCGCCGUGGAACUCUUGGAGGUAUUGCGAGAGAUGAUGAUGGAAACCUGUUUGGUCUGACGUGCGCCCAUGUGGUUAGCAGUCCACAUCCUGGGCAUGCGGUUUUCAUAAACGAAGGACAGGAAAUUCAUCAUUUUGCAACCAGCUCGCCUUUAAUGACUGUCGCCUUUGGAGAAAAUCCAACUUUCACUCUUGUUGACGUGGCCGCAGUGAAGGUAGAACAAGAUAUGUAUGAUUAUUGCAACAUAUACAUGAAGGACGAGGAAGGCGUUCAUAAGCCAUGGGCUUUGUACGAAAGCCGUCAGGAUGCUGUUGCUGACGAACGUGUUGUUUAUAAAUAUGGAGCUACUACCGGAUUUACUCGCGGAUUGGUUGCAAGCGCCGAUUUGGAGCUUCCUGUACCAGACUUGCCUGGUGCAAUACAACCGCCUGAUAGCCACCUUAUUUUGAUCGAUUGUCUGCCUGAUAUACCGGAACACAAACGGCCAUUUUCGGGUAGAGGUGACAGCGGGGCAAUCGUUUGUUUUGAGAUGCCUAUGGACAAUUUUAGUGUGAUAAACACGGUAACACGAUCAACUGUAUUUGCUCUGUCGAUGAUUCAUGCUGGUGAAAUGACAGUAGAUGGAGAUACGUCGUCCAAAAGUGUUUCUUUUAUGCUAGCGACUGGUUUUCGGUUAUUGAUGGCACAAUCAAAUGUUCAAUUGAAAUGUCCGAUACCACAAUAAGCAGGAAUCCGGAUUGUGUGUUUUGUGAUAUAAGCCUUGAACUAUCAUACGUUACGUUUAUUCUUGUGCGCACAUGUUAUGGUGUUUCUAUUGGUAUAGGCAAUUUUAGAUGAUCAACCUAUGAUUGCGCUAAAAAUAACACGAAAAGCAAAAGUUGAAGAGUGUUUUACUUUGUGUGAUAUAAUCUGUAUAUACAGAAAUGAACAUUUGUAUACAAAAUUAGUCAUUGACUACUCAUAGCUAAUAUAUGCGGAUGGAUUAUAAUAAUACAAUGUUAUAUAAUAACUUCAUGUACAAUUGGAUACUUUUUAAACACAACACUUUUCAAACUUGAAUAUCUCAAUUAUUAUUAAAGAUUUGGAUUAAAUGUUUUACAUGUGAUUAUAAAAUGAUUAAAUUGAAAUAAAUUUAGAAUAACAUUGCGUUUUAUCAUUUUCACAUGCAAAAAGAUAAAACAAUACAUACCCCACGUGCUAAAGCGUCUUAUAGUCACUGACGAAUUAUUUUAUCGUGAGCAUGCUCAGAAUGUAGCCAACUGAUCACGUGUACAAUUUUAAAUCCAAAUCUUAACUGAGAUAUUCAAGUUUGAAUAGUGUUGCGUUAGAAAAGUCUCCCAAGUGUACAAUAAGUUGAUGUACAUUAUUUGAUCAAGUACACAGCUGACAUUCCAUAUUGAACGAGUCCAAUCUUAGUAUGGGGUAAGCGAAUUUGAGUGUACCAGUUUUGGACGAAUUAAGCAUAGCACAGUAUUUAGCAGUAUUUUACACAAAUCUGUUAGGUAAAUUAACUAAUUAUUAUAUACUUAAACUAUACAAUCUGUCUAAUUAAGCAACGUUAGACGUUAGUUGUUAAUCUAUAUAUCUCAAGAAUGAGAUUAUUAGACAAUUUAUUUUGAACAUGAUUUAUAUCUAGAACGCAUUAUUUUACUAUGUUUUCUCAGGUUUGGAAUAGUUUUAAAGGUACGUAGACGACUGGAACUGUUUCUUGAAGUUUCUACAUUUAUUAACAAUAUUGCAUCAAAUUCGAUCCUUCGCGGUAAAACUGAGCUCGAAAUAUAAACGAUAAUAUAUUGGGGUGAUAUAUGGUAUCCAUUGAUAUUAGACAAUAUAUUGUUAAAAAUCUUGUUGAAAUAACACGAUGUAUUCCUCGCUAUCUGUAUAUAAUUUUGUUGCGUCACUUUUUAUUUAUCUUUCAACAAAAUAUGUUUGAACUAUUGCGUACUUUAAACAGUUUGGUAGAUUAGGUACAGUGAGUACCAAAAUAAAGUUUAUGUUUUGCUAAAAAAAUUGCAAUCUUUCGUGGCGCAGUGGUAGCGCAUAAUCUUUAACUGCCAGGUCCCGGAUUUGAAUCCCUGGGAUUGCAAUAUGUUUUUUUUAAAUAUUAUAAUUAGUUAAGACUAUUGAAAUCAUUUUCAAUUUGUUAGUAAACAUAUUAAAUUUGUUAUAUUGAUCAUAAAUACGAAAACCUGUGAACAAGUCAUGUUAAUAAAGUGCUUAUUUAGAUUCAAGUGCUCAUUUAGAUUGUUUGAUUGAGCAUCUCUACUGUGUUAUCAUUCGUCCGUAAUUAAGUCGUGACAGUCGUUAUUUGCUGUCUUUUCUGUAUUUUCGUGCAUCACCAUGUUAUCUGGAGUAGAUUAAAUGUCCCUAAAUUGACCGGAUUUUGUAAUUAUAACGAAUACAAAUGCAUCCAAUUGUCAUAAAAUUAUAUGAUCUUCUCUUAAAGUUUAACGCUCCAAAAUCAACGAAAAUUUCGUACAAUAUUUCGUAAAAUAAAGUUAAACAAUGAAAAAUCAGUAUUCCUUAUGGCAAAUGCUGAAAUUUCAACGCCAGACGUGGUAAAAUAGAUGUUUGUAGAUACAAAAUGCUCGUUUUUAUUAUUGUUUUGCACUUAACACUAACUUAUUACCAUUUUAGUGUUCGUGUGUCGUAUGGAUAUAUAUAUAUUCGCGGGAAAUUGAAAUGGAAUUAAUUAUGUCACAAAUAAAUAAAAACGAGCAUUUUUUAUCUAAAAAAAAUCUAUGUAAUCAUACCACAUCUAGCGUUGAAAUAGUAGCUAUGGCUAUAAGGAACACUGAUUGUGUAGGUGUUAAGUUAAUUUACGAAAUUUCCGUUGAUUUUGAGCGUUAAAGAGACUUUAAUAUCAGAUAAAAAUAUGAUGAAGCGCGGGUCUUGUCAAUGAAUGUUUAAAACGAGUAAAUAGAACACUACAAUUAUUAGCCUUAUGAAGUUAGACACAUUUAGUCCGUGGAUUUGAGAAUAGUUGUUUUUUCCCCGACACAAUUUUGAUGCUAUUUGUAUUCUGGCGAUCGAUUUGAUCCAUCAUCAGUGUUUUGUCAUAUGAUUUUAGUAUGUUAUUAUUAUUUCACGACAUGUUAAAGAAUAUACUUGUUUAUAUUUUUUGAUGUGUGGCAAAUACUGUAAUGCGCUAAGAACAUUUUUUACUAUUAAUUUAUGCAGUUUAAUUUGUUUUCCUAUCAAUUGUUACUAGUAUGUUAUAGCUUUAAGUUUAACAUGUGAUAAACAGUGGCACCACAGAGUCAUAGAAAUCAGAAAAUAAGAUUUUAAUUAAAUAAUUAUGAGAAUUAUACACGAUAGUGUACACCUGUUCGCCAUUCGCCUCCAAGUUUGUAAAUGUUUUAAUUAAAUAAAUCGCUAAUGUUGCGUUGGUAUUUCCAUCGUUUACUGACAAAGUGAAAUUAUGAUUGUAACAAAUAAACUGAAAUAUUGUAUUGUAUUUUAAAGAAAUUCUUAUGAUCCAAUUUAUAUGCAAUUUAAUGCACAAUGGUCUAAGCCCUUCCCAUGCGGCGACCGGAUUCAUCCGGUCAAGCAAUUCUUAAUCUUGCUCAUGUGGCGACCGGAUAUAUCCGCCAAAUCUUGUAGUUCAUGUGUCCUCCAGUUGCUAGGCGUUUUUCCAAUAAAUUCAAAUCUGACAUCUUUUAUGCUCUUAAUAAUCCAAUGCCUCACACUUUUAUGCAACUUUAUACUAUUUUUUCAUAUUUUCUAAGCUCAUUUUAACUGCUUAAAAUUGAUUGAAACAUCCAGUAAACAAUUGUCAACUUAGUCCGCCAUGUUUGUUUAAAUCAACAUGCGGUUACGAAAUCAUCAAUAUUAUUUGUGUAAGAGAUGUCAUGAUUGUUUUUAAUCACACAUGUUUUAAACAUAUAUUUAAUAACUAUUUUCAGUAAAAAUAGCGUAAUUUAAGAGUUUUUGAAAUAUGUUUUGCACAGAAAGUAGAAGAGAUUGUCAAAACAAUUAAAAUGGCCGACACACCGUUAGUUUGCAGGGAGGUCAAAAUGUUAACUGCUUUUUCAUUGUGAAUACGAACUAAACAAAUUAAAAGCAGAGCACCUCUUGUGCUUUGAACAUUGUUACAAAUAUUUCACGAAAUAUUUCCAUAUGAAAUGGAUAACAGAAAUUGAUAACAGUUUUCAAAUGAGGUAAAUAUUUUUGCACAUGUUUAUCUACUUUCGCUUUUAAAUUGAAGUAAGUUGAACAUUGGAAGCGAUUUAUUUUGUUUCAAUUUAAUUGUCAGAGUCAAUCAAAGCUGAUUUAUAUAGCUUCUAAAAUGGUUUGCUGUAAUUGUAUGACAUGCAUUAAGGGGGUGAAAACUGAUUUAAAUAAAUUUUAUACUUAUUGCACAUGUCAGUAACUAAAAUAAAUGCAUGAUACUAUUACAUUGACAUAUGAUAUUUUAUAAAUAUAUUGUUAAAAUAAGUGGUAUUGAUGUAUCCCCAUUGUAGAUAGUUUAUUUACAUUGUUUAACAAUGUUUGAUGAAUGUUACUUUUAAAACUUGUUGAUAAUUAUGAAUUAAAUUUUAAAACAAAAUGUUAACAAUGGUUUUUAUACCAUUAAGUUCAAAAUCAUUGCUCAAAACGGAAAUGAUUCUCUGAACAGCAAUAUUUGAUACUACAGAUCUUACUUAUUUAUGAAUAAUUAUCUUCCCUAAUCAUAUAUCUUUUAAGAUUCCCACCUGCUAAAAUGGUGCCUAAACUUGGUUUUAUCUGUUACUUACAUAGCUCUAAAAAUGCAAUUGUAACAGUUUAAAAUAACCAGUUACCACUAAAACGACAAAAUAAAAAGUGUUGACUGAUGUUAACCUAUUUAAAAUACAUAUACAAAAACAAUAACAUAAAUAUGUUUUUUUAAUGUUUAUAUAGGUUUUAUUGGCAAUUUGUUAUCUUUGUUACAUAUUUUUUAACCUGAAUACAUCAUUCUUAUAGUUUAAUAAAUGAAAUAGUCACAAGCAUUAGACAGCUUAUCGUAAAGCUUAAACAAAUGAUAUUUUCCAUUGAUGACCAAAAUAACAAUUGAACUUUUCAUGACAUAUAGAGUAAACAAGAAUAAAUUAAAACCAGUUAAAAGGGACAUUUAAAUUCAUCAUUAACGUGUUGUAAGUGAAGAAAGCAUAAACUAAUCUUUCCUCGAAGGCAAUCAAAUCUAGGGGUGGAGAUCUGACUUAUGACUCAUUGGUAACCUCAAUUUCGUGAAUUGGGUGAAGAUAACAAUUCAACCGUUACUUAUUGGUAUGCAAUAAGAUUUAAAUUCAUUCACUAUGAGUUUAAAAUAAAUUGCAGUUGUAUAUGCAGUGUGUUUACAAUAAAUCCAGAUCAGAAUAUGCUGCCCAAAUAUACAAUGUAUGUUGCAUAUUAUGAUGGUAUUAUUAACAUGACUGGUUUUUAUGAAAUAAAAUUCUCAGAAAGAACAA